AGUUACUUAGUUACUUAGUUACUUGUUCUUCAUAUUAGAUAGAUAUGUUUACUGGAUUAGUUGAAACCAUUGGAACUGUAUUGGAAUAUACCCAGUUAGAUACCACCAGUUCUGGAGGUAAUGGAGUAUCAGCCGUUAUAGGGGAUUGUUCAUCAAUUUUAUCAGAUGUUCAUCUUGGUGAUCUGAUAUCUACUAAUGGAGUAUGUUUAACAGUAACAGAAUUUGAUGAAGCUAAGACUCAAUUCAAAGUAGGAAUUGCUCCAGAAACUUUACGUCGUUCAAAUCUUGGUGAACUUAAGAAAGGUUCUAAAGUUAACUUAGAAAGAGCUGUAACUAGUGAAGUUAGAUUAGGUGGACAUGUUGUUCAAGGUCAUGUUGAUACUGUUGCUUCUAUUACAAAGAGAGAACCUGAUGGAAAUGCUAUAACUUUUACUUUCCAAUUAAGAGAAAAAGAAUAUAUUCAUUAUAUUGUAGAAAAAGGGUUUAUAGCUGUUGAUGGAACUUCAUUAACAGUUACUAAUGUAAAUUAUGAUACUAAUGAAUUUUCUAUUAUGAUGGUAAGUUAUACGCAAAGUAAAGUAACUUUACCACAAAGAACUCUUGGUGAGAAUGUUAAUAUAGAAGUUGAUUUAACUGGUAAAUUAAUUGAAAAGCAAAUUGAACUUAAUUUAAAUAGUCAAAUUGAAAAUAAAGAUAGCAGUUUGAAUAAGCUCAUUACUUCUUUGAUAGAGAAAAAGAUAACUGAAUUGAUUUCUAAUAAAAAAUAAUGUACAUAAUCAUAUAUAAAUAUAUAUAUUUAGAAGAAUAUAACGACAAUGACAAUUCCAAGUAGUAUAGAGUAUAGUAUAGUAAGUAUAGUAUAACUCCAACUAUUACAAUAAAUACAUUGACUGCAAUUUUCGUCAAUAUCGCACGACUUUUCAUGGUGAACAAAAAAGGUAUAUGGAACUUUAAAGAGGAUGGCAAAAGCGAGUAUCAAUAGUAAUUAGUAG